AUGCCUGUAGUCAACAUCCCCAUGUCAGAAUUGGCCCAUAAUGCAUUUUACUCCUUACAUAGACCUUUAUUUGGUCUCUCUAUACCCGAACCAUUCCUUCUUGGUGAUAUAGUUGGUCAAAUAGAAAAAGAAGAGGAAAAAACAGACAAUGACUCCAAAGAAGCACUUGCACAAUAUAUGAGAAGUCUUCGUCCGUUUGAGCCCCCUGAGCUAAAACCUGUAAAUAUGACAGAUGAAGAAAAUAAUGCAGAGAACAGCAAUCAAAGCUUAGAGGGAAAUAAAUGUUCUACGACAACCACAUUGACAAUAGAAGUUGACCCUGCUUACUUUCUGAAACACAACAGUAAUCAUGACGAGAUAGCAGAUUACUUAACAGCAAUGCAAGAGAAACUAGAUCUAUUAUACGAAGAAAGAGAUAAAAUGACGGCCAAGGUAGCGGCAAUAGCAGCAGGCUGUGUACCGAUGAACAACAGUAAAAUAGCACCUUCGAAAAAGAAACUUAGACGACUCAGAAAACGCAAUAAAGGAUUUUUCGAAAGAAACUAA